AUAUUAAUUUUUAUGCGGCUAACAUUUCCUUUGACGAAGAUAGCGGAAACAGUCUAAUGAACAUUCCGUAAUAUCCAUCGCCACAUACUGUUGUAUUGUGCAGUGAAGCAUCAGUGUAAUCUCUGGAAAUUUAAAAUGGAAUCUUUGGGUGUAGUAAAACACAUUUUCAUGGUAAAAUUCAAGGCAGACAUUACACCUGAAAGAAUUGAAGAUUUUAUCAGAACAUUUGGAAACCUCCUCACUGUCAUUGAACCCUUCAAAUCUCUUCAAUGGGGAGAGGAUAUUAGCGUUGAAAAUCAGCAACAAGGUUUCACACAUGUUUUUGAAUGUACAUUUGACAAUGUUGAAGGUCGUGAUACCUAUCUAGCCCAUCCUGCUCACGUAGAAUUCUCUAAUCAGAUACUACCAGCAAUGGAAAAAUUCAUUGUUAUUGAUUAUAAGCCAAUGCGCUUUAUCUGAGGAAGGUGAGAGCUAUAUGUAUUAGGAAUAUUAUAUCAUUAAAUUUGUCAUAGUUUGUUACAAGAUUUGUUAUAGUUUGUUAAAAUAUUAUGUAUAUCAUAAUAUAAUGUUAUGACUUGUCAUCUAUGCAAAGAGAAUGGUUAUAGAAGGUAGAACAAUCUUCUUAUAAUAUGAGAUACGAAAAUCUUAUAAAUAUAUAAUUUGUAUUUAACCAAAAUUUAUAUAACGAUAGUACUAUUUGUGUGUUA